CUAUUAAUUGAUAUCGUUUCCUCUUUUUUUGUAGGCUACUUCAAAUGAAUUAGUCGAUAUAUCUCAGAUGCUAAACACAGAGUGAUUUUGUUUUUCUGCACUGGAUCUCCACAACGUGAUCUUCAUAAUAUAUGGGAGUCUCCUCUCCUCUUCUCCAACAUCUAUGAUCGAUUGGAUUGAUUGGGAAUACAACUAGCUCUUGACAGAGACACUGUUUUGGUCUUUUAAUAAUGACCAUCACAUUGAGAUCGCCAAACUGAUAACUUGGGCUCAGGUGAAAGUCUGAACUGGAGGACGAUAUGAAGACAGUUUCAUAUAUUCUUGCUGCGAUGAUCUUCUGGAACUCAGCAGCCUGUGUAAGUGGAGAACAAGAACCGUUUCUUGAGCCCUCGAAGAGCCCCUGGGAUCUGCAGUCUUUGGGAGAGGAGGAAACACGGUUACCCUGUCGAUUCAAUGUGUCGGACAGUGAGACUCAGGUGGUGCAGGUGACGUGGAUUCGGCAGAACUCAAAUGGAGCUGAAGAACAGAUCAUCACUGUUCAUUUCAGUGAAGGACAGACAGAAAACCCUGCAUAUUCAGGGCGUGUGCGAUUCGAGACCAACAACCCAAUAGCAGACUCUGCUCUGAUUAUUAUGCGCACAAGUUCUGCAGAUGAGGGCAAAUACACCUGCAAAGUCGCCACCUUCCCCUCUGGAAACUUUGAGACGGUGAUUUCCCUCACAGUGUGGACUAAACCCAUCACUUCCCUGGAGGAAUAUGUCAUGGUUGAGGGCCAGUCAUUCCGUCCGGCUGCUACAUGCCGCUCGAUGGCUAAGCCAAUGGCAGGCCUCUCCUGGGACACAGACCUCUCGGGUCAGAGCCAGAACCUUAGUUUGGAUGGUAUGGUGGCCUCAAUCCAGUUUUCCCUCCACCCUCUCCGUAGCAUGAACGGAAGGAAGCUAGACUGUCUGGUCUGGCAUCCAUCUCAAAACACCCCCCAGAGGAUCUCCAGUAAACUUACAGUGCACUACCCUCCGAAUGCACUGAUAUCUGGCUACGAGGACAGCUGGCAUGCUGAAAUGCAAGGUGCGACGCUACAGUGCAAUGGCGAAGGAAAUCCAAAACCUCACCGAUUCAACUGGACGAGGAAAGGUGAAGCUCUACCAGAGGGUGUGACGGUGGACGGUGGCACUCUGAGCUUUUCCAGGCCCCUUCUCCAGACAGAUCAAGGGGAUUACAUCUGCACCACCACCAAUCUGGUGGGAUCUGGAAAAGCUGAGAUUUCAAUAACUAUAUUAGAGUUGCCUCUUAAGGAAACAUCAGUGAACUACAUGAUGAUGAUCAUUAUUGCCGGUGUUGCUGCAGCGGUUGUUCUCACUCUUAUCGUAAUAAUCAUUUCUGUAAACCGCCACUAUAAACGCAAGAAUAAACAGCUGGCCAUAGAGCUGAAUGAAAAAAAGGAGGAAAUCAGCACUCUGUCAAGACAAGCCUCGUUUAGAAGAGUGAACUCGAGCAGCACAGACAACAGAUACUCGGAGGAAAAUCAUCCUUUAAGAGUUGAAGGGACGAUACGCACAAGUCUCUCCUCACUGGAUCGUCCUCGCUCCAGGGAUAGUCGUUCCACGCUGGAACGUUCCACGGUGGACUCACUCGGUCGCCCUGCAAUUUUUAACUCGUCCAGACGAGGUCAAAACAAACUGAUCGAGAGAUCUGACAGAGAAUCCACUCGAAUGAUGAUGAUGGAGUCUUAUGACGAGGACAGUAACAUGUCACAGGAAACCCAGCUUCUCCCUCCUCUCCACCCCUCUUCUUAUUCAAUGGACCAGGCCGUUGAAAUGGUCCGAUCUCGGAACGGCAGUGCCAUUCUCCCUGCAGAGGGGAGGCCGCAAUCAGGAGGAAGCAGCAGAGGGCAUCACUCGCCUAUGGUAUCCACCUACCCGACUCUUACAGACGAAGAGGAAGAAGAUUCUGUUAGCCCUGCGGAUUCAGGAGUGCACAGAGGUUUAAUGGAGCACGACGCUUUUGAAAACGGCAGCAGCGAGACGGCGAGUUCACAGAUAUCGGAGGCGCUAUCCAACCAUUUUGAGCGCACUAAUGGCACACUACGGCCCAAGUCGAAACCCAAUAACAUCCUGCUCCCGGCCAAAACAACACUUUUCCUCUCACCGCAUAGCCCAACUAUGCACAAAGCUCAGAUCGUUUAGAGUGUUUGUAUGGAAGCGUCUUGCGUUAGAAGAGAGCUGAAUUUAACGCCAUUUAAACUCAGUUGAUGUUACAGGAGAAUGUGCUAUUAUGUAAAUUCACUCUUCCAAGGGCUGUCUUGACAAUAACUAACCCAUAAAAAUGGAUAUAUGAACUUGUAUAUGAGUACAUUCCCAAGGUGGCAAAAACAUGGACAGAACUAUCAGGCCAUCAUCAUCUAACCAAACUCAAACCUGAAAAACAAUACCAGCAUUACUCACAUAGUUCCUCAGAUAGUUGCAUAAUCCGGUGUGUAUUCUGAAACUGGGACGACUGAGCAUUAUGGGGCACAGCGUGUGUUUCAGGUACAGAUUAACUCGAGACCACCGGAGUUGAGCUUCACUGUGUGACCAGGGAAUGGAAUUACGAUCUUUUUUUAUUAUUAUUGCAACAUAAGGCUUCACUUGA